AUGACCUCGAUCCCUCAAAAGUCAGGCCUUCAACCUCAAGGACAGAGCACCUCGACUCAGGCCGCUUCGUCGCACUCGCCUUCCCCGUCGCUCAGUGGGAAGACUUCACCCUUGCCUGCUCCUACCUCAACGGCCGCCAGGUCCUACGCCAGCGCCACCAAGAAGUCCGCGACGGACUCGACCGCCGCUCCCGUCACCGUGGGUGGCUCUUCGCAACAUGGGAAGUCGACCUCAGUAUCUCCUGUGAGCGGCAAACCCAUGCAACAACCUUCCCAGUCCCCCGGCGUCACCAUCGUCAAUGGCGCCCCGGCCUCCGCCUCGCAAGGCGACCACUCGAGAAAGCCCUCGGUGACCAUCACCUCGGCCGGUACCUCUGGCUUCAUCCCCAACGGUGGCCCUGCCAGUCGUCCCAAUAGCCUCCAGUUCGGUUUCGCCAACUCGCAGAGCUCUCCCAACAUGGGAAACCCUGCCGUUCUGGCGACCCAGCCUCAGUCGGGCUUGAGUGUUUCCCCGUCGAUGAACCCCCGUGUUACGUCUCCUCAGACUUCCCCUUCGCCUAUCCCGCAGCCUGCCUCGAGCGGUGGUCGGCCGCCGCCAUCGUCCUACCAGUCUCAGGGAAAUGUGCCCAACUUUGGAAGUUUUGGAGAUGCGGGCGAUGCGAACAUGCGCUCCGGUCCUCAAGCUCCCCUUGGCCCUGGCUCUCAGUCGACCCAUCUCCGUCGCGAAUCCUCCCAGUCCACGCACAGUGAUAUGAGCAACCAUAUGGGAAGUGGUCCUGGACGCGGCGGUUACCCUCACCAGGGUGGACGCGGUCGCGGAUAUUCGCAGUCCGGUUACCAAGGACAGAUGCCCUACUCUCCUGGUCCCAGCUUCCGGUCUCCCAACCAGCCCCGGGGUGGUCCCAACAUGGGCCCCCAGUUCCACGCUCCGAACCAGGGACGGCCUCUGGCGCCCUUCCCCAACUCGCCACACCAGCGCAGCCCGGCUCUGGCGACCGCGCAUCCUGCUACACCUCAAAUGAACCAGGUCCCGAUGGCCCAUCCCCAGAUGCCUCCUCAGCCCUACGCCGCCUACGGACAACAUAUGGCCCCGCAAACAGCUUAUCCCUAUGACCCUAACUACGCUUAUUACAAUCCCGCCUAUGGCAUGCAGCAGAUGCAGUACAUGACUCCCCCUUCGCCACAGCCACGGCCUGGCAUGCCGUAUAACCCGCAGGCGCCCUACAUGCAGAACCAGUACCCGGUUCAGCCUCCUCCUCAGACCGCUCCCCUGUCUCGCACGCCGUCUCAGGUGUCGAACGACCGUCCAGGCUCCAGCCUGGGCCAGGGCCAGCCUCCCGCAGGCGCUCCGGCGGCCAGCCACACUCACACGGCCAGCAGAUCCUCCAACAGCCCCGCGCCGCCUAAGCCUCAGUUUGUCAUUCCUCCCACCAAGCGGAGCCCCAUUGUCAUCAAGGACCCCGGUAGUGGUGUGGUCAAGACCUUCGAGAAGGCACCGGCCUCCCCCGCCCGUGCGACUCCUUCUCCUGUGAAGAUCUCAACCCCGACCGCUACGCCCCCGCCUCGCACCGCCAGUGGCGCUGAUCACAACCGGACCGAAUCCAAGGCCAAGACGGACGAGGAGAAGAAGAAGGAGUUGAGAGAGGCGGUACGUCAGAAGAUUGAACAGGACGAAGCAGAGCAACGUCGCAAGGAAGAAGAGGAAGCAGCCGCUCGGAAGAAGAAACACGAGGAAGAAGAGGAAGCGGCUCGCAAGAAGAAGGAGGAAGAGGAAGCUGCUCAGAAGAAGAGACAGGAGGAAGAAGAGGAGGCCGCCAAGAAAAAAGCUGCCGAUGAGGAGGCGGCACGCGAGAAGCUGGAGGAGCUUAGCCUGAAGGACAAGGCAGACGAGGCCAAGCCCGCUGCCGAAGAGCCCAAGAAGGAGGAACCCGCCCCUGCUGGUGAUGAUGAUGAGAUCGACUACGAGGCCAUCGAGCGCGAGCUGGCCGAGAUCGAAGCCAAGGAAGCUGCCGCAGAAGCUGCCUAUUACGCCAAGAAGCAGGCCGAAAAGGAGGAGAGGGAGCGUAAGGAGAAGGAGGAGCGCGAGGCCUACGAAGCGAACAUGAAACAAGCCGAGGCCGAGGCCGAAGCUCUCGAGGAGGAGCGUCAGCGGAAGCGUGAGGCUGCCGCAGAGACCUCCAACAAGGAGCUGUUUGCUGCGCUCAAGAAGGGCGAAAUAGCCGCUACAGAGGACAGCACGCCUGCCGGCAGCGGCACCGCCACUCCCGUCUCCGACAUCUCCAUGGGACCUCCUGGCAAGCCUGCCAGUGCCCAGAAGCGGGAGAAGCCUGCUGCUCUGAAGCUGGAGACCACCAAGGCAGUUGAGCCUCCCCAGCCCAGCGCUGCCAUGAAGUCGCUUCAAUCGGCUCGCUUCGUCGACGACUUGAGCAAGAUCAAUUACCCGCCCUCUAUCGUCUCUCCCAACCCGGCCCUCAAUGCCAAUGCUCCUGCGGACCGCAAGUUCCACUACAACAAGGAAUUCUUGCUUCAGUUCCAGAGUGUCUUCAAGGAGAAACCGUCCAUCGACUGGGAUGCCCGGGUUCGUGAGACCGUGGGCGAGAGCGACACAUCGCGUCCUCAGUCCGCCCGUACGCCUAUGGGUGCACGCAAUCCUUCUCGCGGCGGUGUGGCCCAGCCUUUCAAUAUGGGCUCCUUCGGACAGCCCGCGGCCAGAACCACCUCUGAGCAACGCUUCGCUGCUUCUAAUGCUCGCAGUCCCGCUAUGCCGUUUGGCCAGUUCGGCCGUCCUCCUGUGGGCAUGGGAGCUCCUUCCAUCAGCCGUGCCGGCUCCAAUAUGGGUAUUGGACCGGGAACUCCCCGUGGUGGUGGCAGCCGUUCCAACACACGGACCGGCAGCAAGCGCGAGAAGCAGUCCGCCAAGAAGGAGGAGGAGAUGGCCAAGUCCAUGCCUCUCACCGCUGGCAAGGAAGUCAAGGCGCUCCAGGUCUCCACAACGGGUUGGAAGCCUCGUAGCAUCGUUCAGCCCGCCGCCGCCGCCGCCGGCCCCACUCCUGGCGGUCAUCUGCCUCCGGAUGUCGUGCAGCGUAAGGUCAAGGCUGCUCUCAACAAGAUGACCCCUGAGAAUUUCGACCGUAUCUCCGGUCAGAUCCUGGAGAUUGUAUCGCAGUCCAAGGAUGAAUCCGACGGACGUACUCUGCGCCAGGUCAUCCAGCUCACCUUCGAGAAGGCCACCGACGAAGCUCACUGGGCAUCAAUCUAUGCCAAAUUCUGCAAGCGUAUGCUUGAGAGCAUGAGCCCUGAGAUCAAGGAUGAGAAUAUCCGUGACAAGAACGGCAAUGUCGUCACUGGUGGCAGUCUGUUCCGCAAGUACCUCCUCAACCGAUGCCAGGAAGAGUUCGAGCGUGGUUGGAAGGUCAACCUUCCUCCCAAGCCGGAAGGUACUACAGAAGAGGCCGCCAUGCUGUCAGACGAGUACUAUGCCGCCGCUGCCGCCAAGCGUCGUGGUCUUGGUCUCGUCAAGUUCAUUGGUGAACUGUACAAGCUGGGCAUGUUGACCGAGCGUAUCAUGCACGAGUGUGUGAAGAAGCUGGUCGACUACGAGGGUAUGCCUGAGGAGGCAGAGGUCGAGAGUUUGACUAGUCUCCUGCGCACCAUCGGUGCCAGCCUCGAUGCCUCGGAGAGAGGUCACACCUUCAUGGAUGCCUACUUUGCUCGCAUCAACAUGAUGAUGGAGAUUCCAGGCCUGCCAAGCCGAUUGAGAUUCAUGCUGAUGGAUAUUGUUGAUCUGCGCAAUGCUCGUUGGCAAUCAAAGGAUGCCGAUAAGGGUCCUAAGACCAUCCAGCAGAUUCGCGAGGAGGCCGCUCGUGCUCAGCAAGAGGCCGAGAUGGAGCGUCUCCGGCAGCAAGCCAACCGUGGCAACCGUCCACCAAUGGGCCGCGGCGAUGCUCGCAGCUUCUCUAGUUACGGAAACCAGGCCCCUCCUCCCGACUACGCAUCCAGCAAGGUUGGAAGCGAUGAUCUCCGCCGUCUGCGGACGACACGUAACACCAACCAGCCCAUGUCCUUUGGCCCAUCUAGCAUGCUUGGGUCUCGCAGCAGCAGCGGCCGCAAGAACCUUGGCCCUGGAGGCAACUUGGUUCGUGGCAGCGAUGAUAGCGCAGCCAGCAGCCGUUCCGGAACCCCUACUGCCGGAAAGAAGGAAGAUAAGGAGGCCGCAUCAUCGAUGAAUGCGUUCAGUGCUCUCGCUAGCUUGGAUGACAACAUGGCCACCUCACCUCCCUCGAACCCUACCUCACCUUUGCUAACCAAGUCUCAACCUGCCGUUGAGCGCCGUCCUUCCAAGGCCCCAUCGACCACCGGCGAGGAAGCAUCAUAG